AUGCGGCCAAAACCUCUGCAGGUGGGGGGAAGACCGGCACUGCAGUUGGGGAAAGCCGGCGCAGAUUCGUGGUCUCAGCCUGGAGCGGCAUCCUUACGAACGCUGGGCCCGAAACGUCUGCCCACCAUCGUUCCUCAUGCGCGGCCCCCCGUGAUGGGCCGCUCCUCACUGCAUGCGGCAGAACGCCACCAACGGCAGGGGAAAAAACGUUCCAGCCAGGAUGCCCAGUCACCGGAGCUUGUCGGCGGCCUCUGUGCCGAUGGCCAGAGAUUUGGCCGCCACUCCAUCUACCCAACCACGGCUCAAGGUGUCACCGGUCCUUCAUCCUUUGCCUUUGACUCAUUAGGUGGAGGACCCUAUGUGAGUGGCCAGGACGGUCGAAUUCUCAAAUAUGAAGGAGCCACUGCUUGCUUUGUAGAGUUUGCCUUCGACGCACCAACCAGGUCAAGUGCGGUAUGUGAUGGCCAAAGUAAUUAUGAUGAUUUGGGAUCCACCUGUGGGAGGCCAUUAGGUUUGGAUUUCAACCCUUUAACGCAGCAGUUCUACGUAGCAGAUGCAUAUGUUGGGCUCAUGGUGGUGGGACCAAAGGGAGGGCUGGCAACCAAACUCGCUGGCGGUGUGAACGGGGCGCCCUUCCGCUUCCUUUACGGCGUAGGCCUCGACCCUUUAACAGGAGAUGUUUACUUCACAGAAUUUAGUAAUGUUUACCAGCUAAGAGAUAUCACUGUGGCAUUAAUUAGUGGUGAUGGUACAUUUGUUCUCGUCGGAGAGUUGAUUGGUAACAGAAUUAAGAGGUUUUGGAUCAAAGGCCCUAAAUGUAAUACAACCGAAACUUUCGUAGAGUUCCCAGGAGGGAGAGUAAAUAGAAUAAGGAGAACCAUAUUGGGAGAUUUUUGGGUGGCAGUCAAUGUAGAUUUAAAUUCGACUACCACUGUCUCUCUCCCCAAUAGGAUAAAGAUUAAUUCAUCUGGCGAUGUUUUGGAAACGGUGGUACUUGACAAGGAAUAUAACACCACCCGAAUCAGUGAAGUUCAAGAGCGUCUUGGGAAAUACUAUAUCGGGUCUCGAUAUGUGAAUGUGAAUUUUGUUGGUGUUUAUGACACCAUCUAA